AUAUCAUCAAAUAUUAUUAAGCAUGUGAUUCAACUUCUAACUAUUAGCUAUCUUUCCAUUCUCUGCUAUCCUCUCAUCUCUGUGUAGCAAUCGCGCGACUAUGGAAGGUGGAAAGCUGUUAAAGGUUCUCUAUACUUAUCCGUUGGAGGGAAUACUAAGGAAGGUGGGUUCACUUGCUGCUCAAGAAAUCAGUCUUUUUCGAGGAUUCAAAAAGGAACUAACUGAGCUUCGUCAAUCAAUAAUGGCAAUUCAAGAGUACUUAGGCGAUGUUGCCUACCAACCACAGGAUCGGGGCAUGGCAGUUAGAUAGUGGGUCAAGAAACUGAGACGUAGCUCAUGAUGCCGAUGACGUCUUGGAGGAAAUCAACUACGAAGUUCUCCGGCGUAAAGAAGAGCUUCAAAACCAUUUGAAGAAUAAGGUAUUCAACUUCCUUUCUCUCCCCAAUCCCAUUUUGUUUCGUCAAGAAAUGGCACACAAGAUUAAGAACAUCAAUGCGUCUCUGGCGGUUCUGAAGAGUGAUGCAUCUCUGAUUCACCUAGUUGCAAGGAGAGUAGAUGCAACCACCCCAGGCAUGGGGAACAGAGAAACUGUCUCAAGCUUUGGUGAUGAUGAAAAGAUCAUUGGAAGGGAGGAGAUUGUGUCAGGUAUAAUUGCAACCUUGAUCGAGUCCAAGAAUCAAGAAAAGAACCUUUCGGUUAUGGCGAUCGUGGGAAUGGCGGGACUUGGAAAGACGACUUUGGCAAAAUCAAUAUUCAAUGAAGAUGCUAUUGGUAGACAUUUUGAUGAAAAACUGUGGGUGUGUGUAUCUAACACCUUUGACGUUAAUUUGAUUCUAGAUAGGAUGCUCGAAUCGCUUAACUCGGACAAGACUGGAUUUAAAAGUCAGGAAGCGUUGCUUAAUACUCUCAGAAAAACAUUGAUUGGGAAGAGAUAUAUGUUGAUACUCGAUGAUGUUUGGAAUGAAGAUGAGACUUUAUGGAGCAGCUUGAUGAGUUGUUUGUUAAAACUCAAUUCUGCUCCCGGGAGCAUUGUCAUUGUUACUACACGCAGUGCCGAAACUGCAUCGAUCACAGAGACGCUGCCGCGAUGUUGUUUGGGGAUUCUAUCAGUAGAGGAUUGUUGGUCCAUUUUAAAGGGUGAAGCUUUUCCAGAUGGUAGUUCCACCCUAGAUUCCGCUCGUGAAAUCAUUGGAAGGGCGAUCGCUGAAAAGUGUGCUGGUGUACCAUUGGUGGCAAAGGUUUUAGGAAGCAUGAUGCGUUCUAGAAAUAGCACACAAGAAUGGCUCUCAAUUCAACACAAUAAAAUAUGGGAAUUACCAAAAGCAGAGGAUAGAAUCAUGUCGGUAUUGAAGUUGAGUUUUGAUAAUUUGAAAUCGCCGUCUUUGAAGCAGUGUUUUGCAUAUUGCUCAAUGUUAUGAAAGAUUGUGAAAUUGAAAGGGAUAACUUGAUCGA